UCUCAGCGAGAUGAGCAGGGAGUGAGGAAUGGAGGGAGCACGGCUGUUUGUGUUUACCAAACGGCAAGCUAGUUAAGCAUAUGAAUAUACAGGCCUCCUUGUAGCUAAGAGCAACCCAGCGAACAAAAGGAGAAAAUUAAUGGAGAAAUAAUGGACGAUUCCCAUUUCAACUCAUCAUACUUUUGGUCUCCCGUCCCCACUGUACAAGGACAGAUCGAGAACGCCAUGUUCCUGAACAAGGCAAAGGAGCAGCUGGGUCCAGAGAAGGCCAACGCGCCCUCCUUCCCUCACUCCUCUGCGUCUUCCACCUCCUCCCCCCACUACCCUACGGCUGUGCUCGCCAUACCCGGCUCAGUGGACGCAGGGUCCGGGGUGCGGCUGGUCCCCAAACAGGAAGGAGGUGGGGGCACAGGAGGAGGUGGCGGCGGCAUGAGUGCGCUCGGGGGACACCUGCACCAGUCGCACACCACACAGAACAUCACCGUUGUGCCAGUUCCCUCUACAGGCAUCAUGACUGCAGCGGGGUUAGUGAUCACCACCCCUCAAGGCACGCUGGUCCCCACUGCCUCCACACAGUCGUUUGUUGCUGGACACCCGACUGCCACCACCAUGAUAGUGUCUGCUGUGCACCCCUCAAAUACGGACAAAAAGGACGACAUUGCCAUCCCUCCUGCAGUUGUCAUGCCGACGCCAUCAAAGCGAGGCAGGAAGAGCAAACAGAUGAUGGGCAGAGUGGCCGGAGUGGGUGGAGUCCUCCCUCCAGGAAGUGAUGCAUUAAUAUUGGCACACCUCGCCGCUGGUGGACAGCACCACGCUGCUGACCCAUAUGACCUGUCAAAUGAUGAGGAUGAUCACACCAACAAAGAUGGCCCCAAAUCCUACAGGUGUCGGAUGUGUGCAGUGACGUUCUUCAGCAAGUCAGACAUGCAGAUCCACGCCAAGUCCCACACGGAGGCCAAGCCCCACAAGUGCCCCCACUGUUCCAAGUCGUUUGCCAACUCCAGCUACCUGUCCCAGCACAUCCGCAUCCACAGCGGGGCCAAGCCCUACACCUGCACCUACUGCCAGAAAACAUUCAGGCAGCUCAGUCACCUACAGCAGCACACACGAAACCACACGGAGGCCAAGCCCCACAAGUGCCCCCACUGCUCCAAGUCGUUUGCCAACUCCAGCUACCUGUCCCAGCACAUCCGCAUCCACACCGGGGCCAAGCCCUACGCCUGCUCCUACUGCCAGAAAACAUUCAGGCAGCUCAGUCACCUACAGCAGCACACACGGAUUCAUACCGGCGACCGACCGUACAAGUGUAACCAUCCUGGCUGCGAAAAAGCUUUUACUCAGCUGUCAAACCUACAGUCUCACCGUCGGCAGCAUAACAAAGACAAGCCGUUCAAGUGCCACAACUGUAACCGUGGUUACACAGAUGCCGCCAGCCUGGAGGUGCACCUGUCCACACACACUGUCAAGCAUGCCAAGCUGUUCUCCUGUGGCCUCUGUAACCGAUCCUAUACCUCGGAGACGUAUCUGAUGAAACACAUGAGGAAGCACAACCCCGACCCGCUAACAGUGGCAGCGACAGUAGCUGCUCAGCAGGCCCAGGGCCUCACGCCAGGCAGCGGCAGGGGCCGAGGCCGCGGCCGGGGGAGAGGCGGAGGAGGAGGUGCGGGCAGAGCGGGCCAGCUCCAAAGCCAGAACAACCCGAACAACAACACCCAGAACCCCAACCCUGGACCACCAGGCAGCUACCAGCCAGCCCAGCAGCCCACGGAGGCUGUGGUUCCAUGCCCGUUUGACCUGCAUCAGUACAAGACAGUGUCGGCCAGCGAGAUCCAGUACAAACCAGUCACUGUGGCGGACCUGCCAGUGGCCCACAAAGACCUCUGCCUCACUGUGUCCACGUCAGCUAUACAGGUGGAGCACAUGAACUCGUAGGCUGCGUCUUCCCACUCUGUUUGAGCAAUUACUAAUUGUGUCCGCAGUGUAAAAAGGUCCAUAUGAAAAAGUAAUUAACUGUGUUCAGUUUUAUAGUCUUCUUCAGCAAGAAAAAAUGGCUCAUAGGGUGGACAAUUUUACCAUUGUAAUAUUCAGAAACACAAGUAAGAUUUUAUUCACCCAUUGCCAGUUUUUUUCUUCAUUUUAAAGAAGCUCAUGCUGAAUACAGCCAUAAAUUACUUGUCAAAACACAGAUAUUUUACAAUGUGCUUCUCGAUUCCUGAACCCACUUGUGCCAAGAUCUCUCAGUAGAAAUGCUGGUCGAGGACACUGAUAGAAGUAGUUUACUCUUCAGUCGGGAGCCACAUUCCUCCAAAUUUAACUAAAACCUCGUCUAAGAUCAGGUUUGGCUUUUAUGUCAUUGUGAUUGCAAUGUCGAUUAAACCAAAAUCUGAAUUUUUAAUUAUAAUUAUCUCAUAUUUAGUCUAAUCUUACCUUUAAUCAACUAUUCCAAGAGUCAGUGGACCAGUAAUAAAAUUACUUUUUUUUAAUAAUACACUGAUCCAAAACCAGCAAUCCUCCUCUGAGAGUCUUGAUAAAAGAGGCUCACUGGUGUCCCUUCUCACCAUCGGAGGAUUAAGAUGUAAAAUAUCUGUAAAUUAAAAAAUGCCAUCACUCUCUGCACAUUAACGAUCAAGAGAAUGGUGUAAUUUUUUUGUUCAAAUCACAUUAAUCUGAACAUUCUCCAUUAUUUAGUUCAAGCCAAAACAAGGAGGAGAAACAAGACAAGGAAUCAUUGGCAAAAGACUGCAGUGAAGGACUAAUUAAAAAAACUUUGAAUGCCUUUUGAAUGACACUUCUGGACAACCGAGGUCGGAUCGGAGAGGCUGAACUGGAGCUUGAGAAAAUACUACAAAAGAAGAGAGGAAGCAAAAAAGAAAAUAAAUCAGUGCAUCAUUGGAUAAGGCUAAAACCUGGGACUGAAUCUCAAAGUGAUCACAAAUCCUGAUGUCUUUUUCUUUUACGCUCACCUCCCCUCAGACAGCGAGGAGUUGAGGAGGAACCGUUUCUUCGUGGGAGCCCAAAGUAUUGAAUAAAAGAGACGGACCGAUUCAAGAAUGCACUAAAAAAUGAGGAAUCUGCAGCAGAACGUGAUGGAAACAGAGACAGAGAAAACAGGGCUGGUGGGGUGGGAGGGGUCUUAAAAGAAAGCACUUGAUGAAGCUUGUACUUCACGUCUAUGUUUGUCAUUAUUGUACUUUUUUUUUAUAUAUAUAUCAUAUGUAUGUAUUUUUCUACCAACAGAGGAACGUGUGAACAAAUUCAGAGAGAAAGCAAAGUGAUGCAUGAAUGUGAAGGGAACAGAGAGAAAAGUCCUAACAGAGUGUUUUUGUCCCCUUUUUUGUUACUAUAAAAAGAAAGACGGUUUACUGUCCUCCAAUGAGAAAAGGCAGCCCAACUUGUUAUAGUCGGACAUUGAGGAAAUAAUGAUUGUGUGAUAAAAAAUGGCUGACAGGUACUGUUAUCAAUCUUUGUUUAAAGAACUUUUCAUACAUAUUAUUACUACUUUCAUUAUAACUGUAUUGCAAAUGUUAUCCACAUUAUUAUCAAUCUGAGGCAUUAUUGUAUUGCAGUAUGCUGUACAUAAAAUAGAUAGAAAAGACUUUUUCAUCUGUAAAAGGGAAGUAUGUCCUGUGUAAAGCAUAUAUGGAAACUAAAGGAACUCAAAUUAACAAGUACCAAAUCACUGGCUGUGUCCCAGGUCACCUUUGGUGCUGAUGGACUGUAACCACCAUGUUUUAAAAAAGUGUGUAAAAGAAUCAGAAAUUCAAGUUUGGGAGUUGCCCAAAAAGUUGGAAAAUUAUGCGAAGGAAUGUUUAAUUCUUUCUGUACUGUAGGAUUGUUUUUGCCAAGUUAACGAUACGUUUAUUUGGCUAAUAAGACAAGAUUGUGAAAACCAAUUUUUGAUCACAGAUGAGGGUCCAUUAACACCUCAACAAAUGGUCUGGUGAUAUUUUAAUGAUUAAAUAACAUAAAGUGAGGCUCGGUGACCUGGGACACUGCUGCCAUGUUUUUGUGCGCAAGCUAUCUUCUACCCAAUCAAAAUGUUCAAGCAGCCUGUACCAACUGGCUGAUUGUCUUCAUGUAUACUCCUCCUUGUAUUUCAUUGUGUCUUUUUAAUGAAAAAUAACAGAUUCUCAAUAUUCUUGUUAAUGUUAUUACCGAUGCUCCUGAUAAAUAGUACAGUUAUUAACUGCCCUCUUAUGCUACACUCUUGCAUACUGUAUGCACAGUUACACCUCUUGCUCAUCUGAACAGACUGUUUCUUCCCUUAAGGAGAAUAAAGUUUGAAAACAGUUUAUGAUGAAAAAAACCCACACAGUUGUCUGAUUUAUUUAAUUAAAAAAGGAGACUGUGUGUUACCGAUAACAAUGUGAUUAAAUCUGAGGCUCAAUUUAGGUCUGAUUUUUUAGUUGGAGUUAUAAAAGCCUUUUAGCAUUGACACAGAAGGUGAGAAAGACAUUCAUAUUUUUUAUAUUUUUUUUACUGAACCACUAAGUUUG